GGCUCAAACAAUAUAAAUUACAUGCAGUCCGUGAACGCAGCAUCACUCUGAGUAGUUGGUGGACCAACAUGACGGCUUCUGCUUUGGUGCGAAGGUUAGCAGCUCUGUCUGGAGCUUCUGCGGUGGGACUGGGAGCGUACGGAGCUCAUGGUUUCAAAAACAAAGACCCUGACGACUACCGGAUAGUACUUUAUGAAACUGCCAACAAGUACCACUUCUACCACAGCCUGGCCCUGCUAGGCGCCGCCCACUGCAGCAAACCUCUCAUGGCUGGCACCAUCCUGAUUGCGGGGAUGGGGAUGUUCUGCGGGCCCCUGUACCACCAGGCUUUGACGGGGGACCCCGGUCUAGGGAAGCUGGCCCCUGUGGGCGGUGUAGCUAUGAUCGCCGGCUGGCUGGCCAUGAUUCUGUGAUCUGACAGCCACUAGCCUGUCAGACCUCUUAAUGGAUGAACUGGAGCGCUGGUGGGAGCCCGCUGAAGGCUAGCACGCAUUUUCUAAAGUCACCCGUCCAACGGCUGGCUGCCUGUGGGAGGUGGAUGUGAGCGGGAGAUAAGGGCACAGCGGGAUUAUCACGUCUCUGCCACGACUGUCCUCUUGACUUCAGGGUUAUUAGGGAGGGAGUGCUGAUUAAUGCCCAACAGCUGUGGAUCAUCUUUAAUGGCACUUUCAGACUUGAACAUAAAUGACUAAUCUAGUAGACUACGUCUGUAUUUUUUUAUCCUGUAAAAGCAUUAUGAUUGAGACCAAACCAAUAAAAAUUACAUUGACA